GCUUCUCGACGCUUUCUCACGUAGUGCUUCCCCAGUGCGUGUUGGGAAGAGAGAUGGCGGGGUUUUGACGCGUGUUCGAUGCGAUUAAUGCGUCGUGAGGGGAGGUGGGUCGUGGUUUGGGGGGGAGGUUGGUUAGGAGCGCGGUGGGCGAGGAACGUAUAACGGAUCACGCGCGAAUAAAAGCGCGUAGAUUGGCAUGGUCGAGCGGCAAAGAAGAUGGGGCGCCCACCUGCGUAGCGCGCCCCUCGACCUCGCCCUGACCGCGUUCUCCGCGCGCAUCAAGCGCGUUAUGGCGCGCUUCAGAAGCGCGUAUAGCGUCAUCCCCGAUUGUGUUUGGUCAAUGGGUGUCGCUCGACACGAUCCCUUGCUCACCAACUGUGCGUAUCACCCCCUCCCACCAUUCUUCCCUCUGACACCAUCUGCGCGCUACUUAGCUGUAGCAAUUGUGUUGGGCGCAGGCGAUAACUCCCCCUAGCGUUUUUGUACAUUUUUCUACGUUUUAUCCC